CCUUUUUAUCUCUCUCUCUCUCUCUCCUUUCUCUCUCUACCCCCUUUGAUGUACUUUGGAACCUUACGCUUGCUCCUCCGGCGAGGUCUCCGGUUUCCGAUGACCUCUUUCCCGGUAAGGUUCUUCGGCUGCUGCGCCCCAAAAUGUUAGACGCGCUUGUUUUCCGAUCCAAGACCUGGUUCCACCGGAGGAAAAAGAACACGCUCGCUCGUUGAUCAAACUCACAAUCUUGAUCUUGAUCUUGUGUCAUACUGCUGUACAGCGCCAAUAGUAGUUUGCUUUUGAUUGUAAUUGUAUAUUUUUGUAUAAAGAAAAUUUAGGGUUUUAGGGAUUUGGAUCGGGAUUGGAUAGUUUUUUGGAGUAAUAUUGCGAUUUGAUUGGUCUAGAAAAAUGGCGGCAAUGAACUUGAGAGCGGCGGAGGACGAAUCAGCGAAGAAGGAGAUUCAUAUCCCGGCGGAAAUCGACUGGGAAAUGCUCGAUAAGUCCAAGUUCUUUUUCCUCGGAGCGGCGUUGUUUUCCGGCGUGUCGGCGACUCUCUACCCCGUCGUGGUUUUGAAGACGCGGCAGCAGGUAGCUCAAUCUCAGCAGCACUCGUGUAUCAAGACGGCGUUUUCGAUCGUCAGGCAUGAAGGUUUCCGGGCGCUGUACAGAGGAUUUGGGACUUCUUUGAUGGGGACAGUUCCUGCCAGGGCGCUCUACAUGGCGGCGCUUGAGAUCACCAAGAGUAAUGUGGGCUCUGCCACGGUUAGGUUAGGGUUCUCGGAUUCUUCUGCUGCAGCCAUUGCCAAUGCGGUUGCGGGGUUGAGUGCGGCAAUGGCUGCGCAGCUCGUGUGGACUCCGAUUGAUGUUGUGAGUCAGAGACUGAUGGUGCAAGGUGGGGUGAAUCCGAAUGCCAAGUUUCCUAAGGCAUCGACUUCUUGUAAAUAUGUUAAUGGGUAUGAUGCGUUUAGGAAAAUUAUGCACACUGAUGGGCCGAGGGGGUUGUAUAGAGGGUUUGGGAUUUCGAUUUUGACAUAUGCACCGUCCAAUGCUGUGUGGUGGGCGUCCUACUCUGUUGCGCAGAGGAUGGUGUGGAAUGGAGUUGGGCGUUAUUGUAGCAAGACAGAUGAGAAUGGGGUUAACACGUUUAGGCCUGAUUCGAAGGCGAUAAUGGCAGUUCAGGGAGCCAGUGCAGCAAUGGCGGGUGGGAUGUCGGCUUUGAUCACAAUGCCGAUGGACACGGUCAAGACGAGGCUGCAGGUUUUGGAUGGGGAUGACAAUGGGCGGCGAGGACCGACCAUUGGGCAGACUGUUCGGAACUUGGUUAAAGAAGGCGGGUGGAUGGCUUGUUACAGAGGGUUGGGGCCGAGGUGGGCUUCAAUGUCGAUCUCUGCAACCACCAUGAUCACCACGUAUGAGUUUCUCAAACGGCUCUCCACUAAGAACCAAGAGGUUUUGACCUGAUGAACUAUAGAAAGACUAAGAUGCUUUCAUCCUGGUUAUUUUGUUUCUUAAUGUUGUCAUUGUUGUAUUCUCUUCUUGUAAGCAAGAAGCUGUCUUUUGUUAGUUUAUGUGCACCUGGACUGGUUGUUGAUCAUCAACUGUAAUAUUGGCAGGUUGUUAUGUUAUACCCUAAUUGCUCUUAGAUCAAAUCUUAAUGGAUCUUUAAUCUCAUAGUCAUUUCUGGUUUGCAAUAUAAGAAAGCUCAGUUACAUGA